CCCCCGGCCCGGGCCGCAGCAGCGGCCAGAACGGCGGGAAAGGCACGGCCAGGAGCGGCGGGAUGGACGAGAAGACAUGGACCAACGGAAUCAAUGACGCCAGCAAGAUGGCCCUGCUUGCCUGGGAGAAGGAGACGGGCAUCAAACUGGUGCAAAUCAACGGGCAGAGGCGCUACGGGGGGCCCCCCCCAGGCUGGGUGGGCGGCCCACCGCCAGCCGGCACCGAGGUGUACAUCGCCAGGCUGCCGCAGGACAUCUACGAGGACACGCUGAUCCCGCUGUUCGGGAGCGUGGGGAGGCUCUACGAGUUCCGCCUCAUGAUGACCUUCAGCGGGCUGAACCGCGGCUUCGCCUACGCCCGGUAUGCGUCCCGGGAGGACGCGCGCAGCGCCAUCGCCACCUUCCACCGCUUCCAGCUGCGCCACGGCUGCGCCAUCAUCGUCUGCUGGAGCACAGAGAAGCGUGAGCUCCUCAUCAACGGCCUGGGCGCCUUGGUGAGCCAGCAGGAGCUGGAGGCCACACUGCGGAGGGUCACCGAGGGCAUCUGUAGUGUCACCCUGCACGCCAGCCCCUCCCAGAAACAGGCCAAGCUUGCUGUGCUGAAGUACAGGUCGCACGAGGCUGCUGCCCUGGCCAAGAAAGCUCUGGUGGAAGGGAACCUGAGGCUCAGGGCAGCAAAGAUGAGGGUGGAAUGGCUGGAUCCCCAACUGAAGCAGGAGCUGCAGCUGUGUGAGGAGGAGCCACCGUCCAGCUGGGUGCAGGGAGGUGAGAGCCCAGCAGUGCCCCUUCCUCUGUCACUGCAGAACGUGCUGGACUGCCUGAACACGCUGUGCUGGAAGCAUCACCUGAGGACACCCCUGUUCAUGGCCAAGUGUGUCCAGGUGAACCCCAACGGGUGGCAGCGGUUCUGA